UAACCCUUGCCGUGGAAAAAAAAUCUGAAGUGUCUGUACUGGAAUCAACCACUUUUUGCCUCUCUCUCCCUCUCUCUCCCUCUCUCUUCUAUAUAGAAACACGUACAUUUCCGACGGCGAGUUGCUUUUAUUUUUCUGUCAUCAUCCUCAAAGCUUAUUCUUAUAAUUCAAAGCAAUGGCUGAUGGUCAUGAAACUGAUAAGAACAUCGAGAUAUGGAAAAUCAAGAAGCUUAUCAAGGCACUAGAAGCUGCACGAGGCAAUGGUACCAGUAUGAUUUCUCUCAUCAUGCCUCCACGUGAUCAAAUAGCUCGUGUUACCAAAAUGCUUGGAGAUGAAUUCGGAACUGCAUCUAACAUCAAAAGCAGAGUGAAUCGUCAGUCUGUUCUGGGUGCAAUUACAUCUGCUCAACAGAGACUGAAAUUAUACAAUAAAGUGCCUCCAAAUGGACUCGUGCUCUACACUGGAACCAUUGUUACUGAAGAUGGAAAGGAAAAGAAAGUCACAAUUGACUUUGAGCCGUUUAGGCCUAUCAACGCUUCACUCUACCUCUGUGACAACAAGUUCCACACUGAAGCGCUGAAUGAACUUUUAGAGUCUGAUGACAAGUUUGGCUUUAUUGUUAUGGAUGGGAAUGGGACGCUUUUUGGGACAUUGAGUGGCAAUACCAGAGAGAUUCUUCAUAAAUUCACUGUGGACCUUCCUAAGAAACAUGGAAGAGGAGGACAAUCAGCUUUGCGGUUUGCUCGUCUGCGAAUGGAGAAGCGCCACAACUAUGUAAGGAAGACGGCAGAGCUUGCCACCCAAUUUUUCAUCAAUCCUCAGACCAGCCAACCGAAUGUGUCAGGACUAAUUCUUGCUGGAUCCGCUGAUUUCAAGACCGAGCUAAGUCAGUCUGAUAUGUUUGAUCCUCGCCUUCAAGCGAAGAUUUUGAAUGUAGCAGAUGUUUCAUAUGGAGGUGAAAAUGGCUUCAACCAGGCGAUUGAACUUUCUGCUGAGAUCCUAUCCAAUGUGAAAUUUAUACAAGAGAAGAAGUUAAUAGGCAAGUACUUUGAGGAGAUUAGUCAGGAUACUGGCAAGUAUGUUUUUGGUGUUGAUGAUACAUUGAAAGUUCUUGAAAUGGGUGCUGUUGAAACUCUUAUUGUGUGGGAAAAUCUGGAUAUGACUAGGUACGUUCUUAAGAAUAGCUCGACCGGUGAAGUUGUCAUAAAGCACAUGAACAAGGAGCAGGAGUCCAAUCAAAGCAACUUCCGAGAUCCGGUCACGAAUGCAGAAAUGGAAACUCAGGAUAAGAGGUCACUGCUCGAAUGGUUCGCUGAAGAGUAUAAGCGAUUCGGUUGCACACUCGAGUUUGUAACAAACAAAUCACAAGAGGGAUCUCAGUUUUGCAGGGGUUUUGGAGGAAUUGGAGGAAUCCUCCGUUACCAGUUGGAUGUCCGAGCUUACGAUGAUCUUUCUGAUGAUGGAGAAAUUUACGAUGAUUCUGAAUAGCAAUCAGCCAACUUGACCAAUUAUGGUGCAGGAGUGGAGUGGGAGGCACCUGCACCAGAGCGCGAGGGCUCGCGCUUCACCGUGCCUCAGACGAUGUCAUCCAAAAAAUUUGAAGGAAUUUAUUAAGGUCACAUACAGCGAUGGAAAUUGCCCAAUCGAAUAGGCUUAUGAAGAUUUACAGCUUUCGUGACUUUAUCGUAUAAAGAUCACGUUUGGCUCCCACUUUAUGAUCAUGCGUUUUCUUGAGGAAAAGCUAGUUUGUACUUGCAAUAAGUUUCAAGACAUUAUGUCCAGACGUCUACUAUAUGCAGCAUUCGUGAGAAACUAUGGUUUUAAUAUAUUUUCGAGUGUCUAAUAAUUGUUAUGAACAUGGUACCGUCGUGUGAUUGUUAUUAAUGCUGGUGUGGAUUAUUUUCUUGUUUGUUUCAAAAUCGGUAGUUUUGCUAUCGAGUAAAUUUUAUUUUCUUGGCU